AUGCCUCAAUCUACUGGAGAAUCGAAGAACACCACCGACGACAUGAAUAUGUACCCUGAUGAUCUGACCGAGAACAACUACGACUGGGCCCUCGGCCCGCACGAGAGAGUUGGCCCCGAUACAGGGGCUUUGAAGCUCAGCGCAGCUUCUUUUGACGUCAAGACGUCUCCCGAUCACAUGGAGAACAUAGACGUUGGUCACCUCUCAUGGCUAGUAUCUUGGUUUCCGUAUAAUGCCGAGCAUCUCACGGUCUAA